AUGCAAGCAACAAUGGCAGUGGAUGCCAAUUCAGGGUCCCAGCUACCCGCAUCAACCUCCGCAUCGAGCUUAUCACCGCCGCAUCCCACCCAACAGCAAUUAUCCACGCAGACACAGAUCCAGUUCUCUCCCGGGCAGAAACGCUCUGCUCCCGCGUACGAAGCCGACGUGCAAACAACUUACAUCCGUUCCACCUCGAGUGACUCGAAUCCACACCCAACAUUGACGAAUGGCGAAGAUAAAGAGAACCGAGACGACUCGUCGGAGACGAAGAGCGUCGGGUAUACCGCAACUUCGGCUCUGACGCCAGCUUCUCUAGCUACUAUCCCUAUGCAUACCGGUCCGGACGGUCAUGGUACACCUACGCCCACCGGUCAACCGCACACCCAGGCUGGAUUCAAUACACCCCCGGUUUCGAAGAAGAGAAAACUAUCGCCUGCGGAACGCGAGGCAAAGCAACAAGAGAAAGAAGUGAAACAACAGGAGAAAGAGGCGAAGGAGAAACAAAGACUAGAGGAGAAAGCGAAGAAGGAGGAAGAAAAGGCCAAGAAGGAGGAGGAAAAGAAGAAACGAGACGCGGAAAAGGAAGAGGAGCGGAAGAAGCGGGAGGAGAAGAAGAAGGCUAAGGAUGAAGAGAAAGCUGCCAAGGACGAGGAAAAGCGCAAGAAGGAGGAGGAGAAGCUGAAGAAAGAAAGAGCCCAAACCAAGUUGAACUCCUUCUUCGCCAAGCCCAAGUCUACAGUCGCUCAACCCCAACCUCCCUCGAAACCUAUUAGUAUUUCACCAAAGAAGCCCUCCGAGGAUAGAAUGAUUGUGGACACCACCACAGAGGCCAGUGGUGUAUCUGACUAUAAGCGAGCAUUUCCGGACUUCUUUUUACAGCGACAUACCUAUCUUGCUCCCCCACAUCGAUUUGAGCGAGACGCACAAGCCGUUAGCCAUCUUCAGGACAAAGUCGAUUCAUAUCUCAAGUCUGCUGGAUCUGCCGAACCGCUGGUUUUCCGACCAUCUGAACUUUUCAAGUUGAUCCCAUACAAAAGGAGACGGGGAGCUUUGAAAAUGUCGGUCAGGGACAUUCUGCUGCAGAUGCAGAGCUUACACGACGCGCCUGAGACUUCUGAGGCCACUAACAAGCUUCAAAACUCGUUGAGGCAAGUUCGGAUGAAAUCUCUCAAGUUCGGUGAAGAUGUUCGGCCCCCGUAUAUGGGUACAUACACGAAGCAAUUGCCCCAGUCAGCAGCAGCUCGGCUCAUGCGCAACCCAUUCCGCCGUGAGCUUCCUGAAGUGAACUACGACUAUGACUCGGAGGCAGAAUGGGAGGAUGCCGAAGAAGGAGAGGAAUUAGACUCUGAAGAGGAAGAAGAGGGCAGCGAAGAAGGCGACGACGACAUGGAUGGGUUCCUUGAUGAUGAAGACGAUCAGCUACUGAACGGCAAGCGACGCAUGCUGGUAGGAGAUCUUGAACCGGUCUCCACUGGGCUGAAAUGGCAGGAACAGGAACCGGAUCCAGAGCUGCAGGCCUACAAGAUCGAAACUAUCCUGCCCUCUGUCGGGUUUCCCAUUGACCCGUUCUCAUCUGCAUAUUGGCAGAAGGCGGAACCGGCACAGCCCAAUCGCUCAACCCUUCGUUUUAUCAUGGGCCAUCCAGGAUCGCAUACUUUGGGACCCCAGGAGAACCCGUCCGGUAAGACCAGGCGGGUGUUGCCGGUGGAACUACUCGCCGAGUUCAAAUCCGUGGUUGAAGGGAGCAAUCUAACCAAGACCGGCUUGGUCGAAGUCUUAAAGAAACGGUUCCCGAAAAUCUCCAAGGACACGCUGAAGGGCACACUCGAUAGUGUGGCUACGCGCGUUGGACAAAAGGAAGUCGACAAGAAAUGGGUCUGCAAGUAG